CUUCAUCUACCUGGCUGCUCAUAAAACCCUUCCCACUCCAUCGCUGGGGAAAACCACGCGUUCAGCGACCUACAGCCGCUGACGUAACGAUGCCAGGUACUGAAUAACGUCUAGAAGAAAGAAAAUAUCUUUAACCCUCGCGCGCGUGUCCACCUCGACAAAGUCACGCUCCGAUACGCACGACCACACGCGCGCACUGGAGAGAGAGCAGUUCACGCGCGGCAGAUGCUUCCCCGUCCUCGCUGAGAUGAUGGCUCUGUGGACGCUCUUCUGCAUCCUCGCCAUUGUGAAAAGCAGUGAUGGGGCAGAUACAGAAGAGAGACUGGUGGAGCAUCUUCUUAAUCCAGCCCACUACAACAAACUGAUCCGACCAGCGACUAAUGGUUCAGAACUGGUGACAGUGCAGCUAAUGGUCUCGCUGGCACAGCUCAUCAGUGUGCAUGAGAGAGAACAGAUCAUGACCACCAAUGUCUGGCUUACACAGGAGUGGCAGGACUACCGGCUAACAUGGAACCCAGAUGAGUUUGAUGGCAUGAAGAAGGUCCGUCUUCCCUCCAAACAUAUUUGGUUACCUGAUGUUGUUCUUUACAACAAUGCUGAUGGCAUGUAUGAGGUGUCUUUCUACUCCAAUGCUGUCGUCUCCUACGAUGGAAGUGUCUUCUGGUUGCCACCAGCGAUCUAUAAGAGUGCCUGUAAAAUUGAGGUGAAGCACUUCCCUUUCGACCAGCAGAACUGCACGCUGAGCUUCCGCUCGUGGACCUAUGACCGCACAGAAGUGGACCUGGUUCUGCGUGCGGACGUGGCUAGCAUGGAUGAUUUCACGCCCAGCGGCGAGUGGGACAUCAUCGCUCUCCCCGGCCGUCGAAACGAGAAUCCCUCAGACCCAACCUAUGUAGACAUCACCUAUGACUUCAUCAUCCGGCGCAAACCCCUCUUUUACACCAUCAACCUCAUCAUUCCUUGCAUCCUCAUCACCUCGCUGGCCAUCCUAGUGUUCUACCUUCCGUCGGACUGCGGGGAGAAGAUGACGCUCUGCAUCUCUGUGCUACUGGCCCUCACUGUGUUCCUGCUGCUGAUCUCCAAAAUAGUGCCGCCCACGUCUCUCGACGUCCCUCUGGUCGGGAAGUAUCUGAUGUUCACCAUGGUGCUUGUUACGUUCUCCAUUGUGACAAGCGUGUGUGUGCUGAACGUGCAUCACCGGUCGCCCACCACACACACAAUGCCUCCAUGGGUAAAGUUGGUGUUCCUCAACAAGUUACCUGCCUUGCUCUUCAUGCGGCAGCCACACAACAGCAGCGAGCGGCAGCGUUUGCGCCAACGCCGGCGUGCCAACGAACAGCAGGAAGGUGGGAGAGGGGGUCUGGCUGCUGGGCUCAUGGCGGGGCUGGGCCUGGGCGGCUCUUCGUCGGGGAGCAAAGAGAACAAUGAGGCGUGCACAUGCUAUGUGAACCGGGCCUCAGUUAAACAGUUUGGGGCAGAGUUGGGUGGAGGGGCUGGCGGGGGGGGGGCGACAGAUGGACUAAAUGGGAUAAGGGAAGGGGGGAGAGAGGCCAGGGAAGGAAGUUCAAAUCCAUUGCAAAGCUCUGCUCUACCUCGGGGGAAGCAGCAGCCCCCUACAGUCCUCACCCAGGCUCUGCUGGCCCAGGCCUGCCCAGGGUUCGAAGAGGCUGUAGACGGAGUCCGCUUCAUCGCAAACCACAUGAAGAGCGAGGACGACGACUGUAGUGUGAGUGAGGACUGGAAGUAUGUCGCCAUGGUGAUCGAUCGUCUGUUUCUCUGGAUCUUUGUGUUUGUGUGUGUCUUUGGCACAGUCGGAAUGUUCCUUCAGCCUCUGUUCCAAAACUACACAGCCAAAACUAUCACCAACACACCUGGCUGACUAACCACCAACCCCCUCCACAACAAUGGACGCUAUACACCAUCAGUUGCAAUGGGAGGGCGAAGGGAGGAGGGGGGGUCUGCCGAAGGAGAGGGCAAAUGUCACUCUGGACUAACGUUAGGUUUAUACGAACCUUUUUUGAAAUCUCACACAGAGUGGGGAUUUAGUCCAGGAUUCUCAUUCAGGCCUCUCGUCCAGUCCACCUUCCCCUCCUUUUAGGUGAAAAACCACACAAGCCAGUCGGAGAGAAAGGAGACACCUGUUUACUUUGCUCAGCAGCCAAUCAGCACUCUUCUCUGCAAACAGAAAGCCAUCCACCGCCCACAAGCUCCGAAACGAGCAGUCUGCUUCAUCAAGAGUCACAUGACUUGUUAUCUGUACAUGCAAGCUAGUCAGACAGGGAUGAUGCCCGUUUUAACAUCAUUUCUAUCAGAUUUUCAUAGUUAAAUCUGUCAUAUUUAUUUCUUAUGGUCUAGUAGCCUGUCAUGAUCCAUGUAUUGCAACAACAUUCUGAUUUCUGUGCGAACAUACAAGUGUCUGGUCCUUCGAAAUGGGCUUUGAUGCAGUAUUGUAUUAUUAUUAUAAAUAUAAUAAAUGUGUGAAUUGUAUUACUACAACACACAACAAAGAGGGAGGAUGCCUGGUGAGAUGUGAGUGACAAUGACUGUGUAUUAAGACUGAAGGUACUUUAAAG